CGUAAGAUGUCGACUUCUAAACUGCGUGGAAAUGAACGGAGAGGCACCAUCGGCACGAUAGGCACCGAUAGGCACCACCGGCACUAUGUUGCGGGGCCGGUACAAUUUGCUUCUUCGUUGUGGCUGGAGCCACCGGAACAUGGCUUUCCUGAGGGCGCUGUUGCUGCUCUGCUGCACUGCCUCGGAGUGCCGCCGCGAAGGAGACACCUGGAGUUACGGUGGCUGAAGAGAAACCCUCCCCAUAGUUUUGGACGUUCUCUGAGCCUUCCUUCUCUGUUGCUCUUCUUUGGCAUGUUUGCAACCCCGAUAAUUGGCGGGACGUGUCUUUUCUCCCUCCGCCAACCGGCAGUUGCAGCAUACUGGGGUGGAGGAAGAGUUCUCCUUCUCUGGGCACUCCUUGUGUAAGUGGCCACCUCCGCACCACAAACAACGUGGGGGCUGUUUGCAGUUAGCCCAAACAUGGCCGAACUGCUGGCAGUUGUAGCAUUGUGUGAGCCCACUCUGUGCUCUGUAUGCCUCUACCUUGAUGGCAUUGUGGCAGAGGUUGGUCAGUCGGAAGACUUCUUGGGACCUCUCCGUUCUAGGAAGUGUGAUAAGGAACAAGAGAAGAUAAAUGUUAUUUGUUCCUUCUGGAGGAGUCCGACGACUGGUCAUUUGUUUGACGUUAUAUAAUAAGGCAUAAUCUGCU